UUCAACGAAAACAAAGCAGAUAGAAACACGCAAUUUUCAUUAAAACUUGAUAAAAUCAUGGAAAAUUUUCAGAGAAACAUUCAAACCCGUGAAUGCAAGAGCAAUGAACUUGCAGAGAAAUUUCGUAAUGAAGGCAACAAGAAGUUUCGCGAGAAGAAUUUCUUUGAAGCUCUCAGUUUAUAUAAUAAAAGUCUUUGUUACUCACAAGAUAUGGAAAUAUUAUCGCUUGGAUACGCAAAUCGAUCUGCAGUCUACAAAGAAGUUAAGAUGUUCGAUAUGUGUAUCGAAAACAUUCAUUUAGCUAAAGAAAACGGAUAUCCUUCAAAUAAAAUGAAUAAAUUGAUUGAACGUGAGCAGAACUGCAAAAAAAUAGUAAACCUCAAAAUGAAAAGUGCUAAAGAAGAUGCUGAGAAUUUCUUCAAACUUUCACUUCCUGCUAAUGAAAAAAUCCCUUUCGCUGUGAAAUGCUUGAAAUACCAAGUCAAUGAAAAAUAUGGUCGUCAUGUAAUUACAACUGCAAAUUUAAAGGCUGGUGACAUAAUUUUAAUUGAGGAACCAUUUCUAAAGAAAUUUCAAUAUGGUACACAAAAUUACUACACUCGAUGUGCCAACUGUUUGAAAACUAAUAAACUGAAUUUGAUUCCAUGUAAUAUUUGUGCAACAACGAUGUAUUGCUCUUCAGAAUGUCAGAGAAAUGACGAAUUAGUUCAUCCUCUUGAAUGUAAGGUACAAACUACGGAAAAAAUUUUCCUCUCUAAUUUGAAAUUGGUGCUACAAGCAGUUCAAAUUGCAGGAAGCAUAAAUAAUUUGAAAAGAAUUUUCAAAGAUAAAAGCAAUAGCACAGUUUUUGAUUUUGAUUGGAGCAAAGAAGAUUUAUCUCAUAGCAAAAACUUUUUGAGUGUUCUUGCUUCAAUGAAUUGUGUUCAAACGAGUCUAUUAAAUGAAGAAAAACUUGAUCUUCUUAAAAAUGUACUGAAAAAAUAUUUAGCUGAUCAUUUGAGUAAAUUUAACGAAACAUAUAAAAUCGAUGAUCAAACUGAUUUUCUUUGCCAACAAUCUAAAAACUUUUUUAACAUUUUUAACACAAACUCGAUCAGAAUGGAGGAACAUACUUAUGAAUUUAAUCAAGACUCGGCUUUUACAUCAUGGAUUGAUUACAAUAAAAUUGGCAGUGGAAUUUUCCCUUUUGCAUCACUUUUUAAUCACAGUUGUGAUCCAAAUACUACUCGAGUAACAGUUGAUAAUAAGCUUGUUUUUGUUAUCAGAAAGCCAGUGAAAUCUGGCGAACAAAUAUUUGUUACAUAUGGUCCUGACUUUACUGGUUAUACACUUAUGGAACGCCAAAAUCUUUUGAUAAGAGAUUACGGAUUCAAAUGUGAUUGUGAAGCAUGCAGAAAUGAUUAUCCUAAAAUGGAAACAUUUGUAAUAAAUCCAUCUAUAUUUCAUAAAUCAUUAUCAGUGGCGAAGGCUAAGAAAGAAUUCAGGAAAGGUUGCGUUUAUAUGGAAAAACAUAUGAAGGAUCAUCCAAGCUUUGAAACUGAUGAAAUGAUGUAUCUUAUCAAGCAUACAUUAUUCGAAAUAGCAAAACUUCCAUUCGACGAUAAACUUGGAUCAACCGAGCCAUUUUUCUCUGAUUUCAGACUUCACUCAUCACCUGGAAAAAAUGACGACAUGACAGAAAAUAGUGAUUCAGGUUUCACAGAAUUUAACCAGACCAGAUCAAGUGAUACAAGUCAACAUGAAAUGAGCAAGACAUCGUCACCCGAACCUGACAAUCAGGAGCAGAGAGAAAGCUCAAGCGACAUUGUAGAAUUAAAAUCUUCCGAUAAUAGCUUAGGACGUGGAUCAAUGUCAAAAAGCAGUGAAAGUUCGUCUGAUGACGAUGAUUCAGACGACGAUGAUUAUGAGGAUUCCGAAGCAAGUCAGACAAGUGUUUUAGGCUGGGUUCGUCAGCAAAUGCAAAAAGGUGCAAAUCCUCGCGAUAUUAUAAAAGUAUUGUUGCAUAAUUUCCACAUCCCCGAAAAUAUGAGCGAAACAAUGUUAUGGCGGAUUAUAAGCUUUGCCGUAACACCGCAACGUGAACGACUCAGUAAUGUUAAAACUUUGAGUGAUGCUGUUCAUCGAAUAAGACAAGCAAAGCAUAUCAUCAUCUUAACUGGAGCUGGUGUUAGCGUGUCUUGUGGUAUUCCCGAUUUUAGAUCUCGUGAUGGAGUCUACAGUCGUCUUUCAAGAGAAUAUCCAAAUUUACCCGAUCCUCAAGCAAUGUUUGAUAUAAAAUUCUUUUAUCAAGAUCCUCGGCCGUUUUUUAAAUUUGCUCGUGAGAUUUUCCCAGGACAAUUCAAGCCUUCACCAUCACACCGAUUCAUUAAAAAGAUGGAAGAGCGAGGCGUUCUGCUUCGAAAUUAUACACAAAACAUUGACACUUUAGAGCGUUAUACACAAAACAUUGACACUUUAGAGCGUGUAGCUGGAAUCUCAAGACUCAUCGAAUGUCACGGAUCCUUUGCAACUGCAUCUUGUACCCGCUGCAAAUUUAAAAUAAAUGGUGACGCAAUUCGUGAAGAUAUUCUGCAACAGCGCAUUCCCAUUUGCUUUCUUUGUAAUCCAAAUCAUGGAUCACAAACUAUUUCACCACAACUCAAUGAAGAUACGUCAACAACAGACAGAGAUCACCUCAAAAACUUAGUUGAAAUGGGAAUCUUCAAACCUGACAUCGUUUUCUUCGGUGAAGAGCUUCCCGAUGAUUUUCACGAUUCAAUCGAUACAGAUCGAAAUAAAUGCGAUCUUCUUAUAGUUAUUGGUUCGUCAUUGAAAGUAAAGCCAGUUGCAAUGAUACCAAAUCUCGUACCACCGAAUGUCCCACAAAUUUUAAUUAAUCGUGAGCCAUUAUCACAUAUGAACUUUGAUGUUAAUCUUUAUGGAGAUUCUGAUGUCAUAAUUCAUCAUCUUUACAGCUUACUUAGUGAAAGUGAUGACGACAAGGAUGAAGAACUUUGUUGGAUGGAAAAGACUUUAGAAGAGACAACAGUCGAAAUUCCUCAAAAAACGAUUCCUCCAUCAUCACCAAUUGCACCUGAAAAUGAGCCUGCAACGUCAGACGAGCCACAACCAUCAUUACAAUCCCCAAACAGUGAAAGUCUCGUGCAUUUACUUCCUGCAGAUAAGUUUGCUCAAAUAUCUCCACGAUGUUACAUGUUUCCGGGUGCUGAAGUAACAUUGGAGAAUAUGGAAGGAGAGUCGGAAGAUUCUGAUGAUGAAUACAGCGAUGAAGAUGAUGAAGAUGAAGCAGAAACGUCACCAAAUACACACGAGAUCAUUGUACCUGAUAUUGAUAAUGUUUUGUCCAAUGAAAUUCCCAUCCCUGAAGUGUCACCGACACCCACAACAUCGAAUUCUUUGUCACCGACACCAUCAACAUCGUCACAACUCCAGUGUAACGAUCGUGAAGUAAUUGAGAAUAUUACAAAUAUGCAAGCCGAUGAAGCUACCGAGGAGAAUUUUGAAGCAACUCCGAUCAAACGACCGCGAUUGGAAAUCGACGAUCUUCAAAUAGAAAAAUAUUUCUAAUCCAAAUAUAAAAAUCAUGGCACGAAGUUUGUAUAAUUUUUCAUACUUUUCUUCUGAUGGUGACGUCAUAUUUCAAG